AGGGCUGCAAUUUGGCCCGAGCUGCGUGGCGCUUCGGGAUCGAUAGGUCCAGAUCCUUCCGAAGACAUUGCAUAGCGUCCGAGUCGACCAUGCUGGGUGCUGCCGAGAUGACGCAGCAAGAGAUUCUGCCUUCCUUCAUCAUUCGCAGUUGCCUCGCCACGGUCUUCUGUGCUCUGACUGCGCAUGUAUGGCUCUGCUGGGACGACUUGGCAACGUCGCUCGCCCCACUGAAAAUAGUGAUCCAGAAGCUUGCAGCACCAGCUGGUCUUUGCACAUCUUUCGAAAGCAAACUGUGUUCGGAGUUCGAGAAGGCUCGGAAGGCCCGAGGCCGAUUUUUCAUCGAAGUGUUGCAAGUGCCAUUGACGAGUCUACAAUUGUUGCUUCUGUGUUUCAGGAGUGCUGCCCAUAAGCAUGACUGGGGGUUUGCUAUAAUGGCACUGUUUUUGUUGGUGCGUUAUGCUGCCUGCUUAUACUACAGCUACUGCAUCAAAGUAUACCGCAUCCCCGCCGUGGACAUGUCAAUCGUGUUCAAAUGUUCGAUGCUCCUAAUGGUUUUGAUUGUGUGGAACGCGGAAACCGACGAGUUUCUCAUGAACGGCGGUUGGCGUUGCGGGAUGCGAGUGUUCAACGCGAUCUUAUUGCUUGAUUGCAGGGCAGCGCUGAAGUGGAAUGCAUGUUACUCUGUAGUGGUGUUCUUCUUGAUCUGGGAAAGACGCGAGAGUCUGUGCACCGCUGGGCAGUCUCCCACGGAAGCCGUCGUCGGCCAUUGUUGGGCUGAGUUUUGCACGUUCGUUUGUGUCGUCGCAGUUCCAUUUUUCCUUGAGUCGUGCGAGCAAGACCGAAUCAAAGCAUCUCUCGAGUCCAGCCAGUCUGCCAAGGCGUACCAGGCAAUUCAAAGAAUGCUCAAUAUAUUCUGCGACGCCCAGCUGCGCAUCUGCCAUCAGUCUAACAUCAUCGCCCACUCCCCACACUUGGUACACUUGAUGGGCACGGGAGAUCGGGAGGGAGAGAUGAGGACCACGCUGACGGGCGUCUGCUUCCUUAGAUACAUAGAAGAGCCCGACCGCCAGCGCUUCCAGGACUUCAUCUCGGCAGCGGCGGUGCCGCCGCCCGGAGACGCCUCGCCCCGUCGUGCGGCCACGCCGCCGGGCGAAGGCCCCCGCGCGGAGGGCUGCGCCGUGGGCCCCGCCACGUCCAUCCAGGUGUCCCUGCGCAAGGAUUCCGUCGGGCGUGCCCCAAGGAGAGUUAAAGGAGAGGUUUGGGAGAGUCAAAGGAAUGGUCUGGGGACGAUUUGGGGCUGUUUUGGGGCAUUGGGAGGGUGUUUCUGGAGGGCAUUGGGAUUCCGAGGGGGGAGCGCACCCCACCCCCGUGCAGCUGUUCCUGAUCCACAUCCCCGGCGAGAGCGACGCCCCCGAGUUCCUGAUGGCGGAGGAGAGAAGCGCUGCCGCGCGAGUCGUG